GAAAUUGGGCAGGAAGCGGCGGCGGCUCCCGCACAUUUCGCUGCCUCCGGAGCAAUUCCUGCUUUUCCAGCAGCGCGGACGGGAUCGCUCAGCCCGGGAGCGAGAAGUGGAUGAAGCUGGACAGGGCUGAGCCUCCCCCACAGCACCGCGGAUCGAGGACAGCCCUGCCCGGAUCUGCCUCUGAGGACUGAAAAUGGGAAUAUCCUGGAUUUCCCCCUGCCAGCCCUGCCUGCUGCUGCUGCUGCUGCUGCUGCUGGCCCCGCUGAGCCGUGCCCAGUACGAGCCCUGGCCCUACCCCGAGCCCGCCCCGCAGCCCUUCCAGCCGCCCCCGAGAGCCCCGGACGUGCCCAAAAUCCAACUGAGGCUGGCGGGGCAGAAGAGGAGGCACAACGAGGGCAGGGUGGAGCUGUUCUACGGCGGGGAGUGGGGCACCGUGUGCGACGACGACUUCUCCAUCCACGCCGCCCACGUGGUGUGCCGGGAGCUGGGCUACACCGAGGCCGUGUCCUGGCUGCCCAGCGCCAAGUACGGCAAGGGAGAAGGGAGGAUCUGGCUGGACAACGUGCACUGCACGGGCAGGGAGGGCAGCCUGGCCGCCUGCGGCUCCAAUGGCUGGGGCGUGAGCGACUGCAAGCACAGCGAGGACGUGGGCGUGGUGUGCAGCGAGAAGAGGAUCCCGGGCUUCAAGUUCGACAACUCCCUCAUUAACCAGAUCGAGAACAUGAACAUCCAGGUGGAGGACAUCCGCAUCCGCGCCAUCCUGGCCACCUACCGCAAGCGCGUCCCCGUCACCGAGGGCUACGUGGAGGUGAAGGACGGGGGCACCUGGAAGCAGAUCUGUGACAAGCACUGGACCAUGAAGAACUCCCGGGUGGUCUGCGGCAUGUUCGGCUUCCCCAGCGAGAGGAAAUACAACGCCAACGUCUACAAGCUGUUCGCCAGCCGGCGCCAGCAGCACUUCUGGCCGUUCUCCAUGGCGUGCAGCGGCAGCGAGGCUCACAUCUCCGGCUGCCGCCUGGGCGCCCCCGGCGCGGGGCACAACCGCAGCUGCCCGGGCGGGCUCCCGGCCGUGGUGAGCUGCGUGCCCGGCCGCGCCUUCGCGCCCGGCGCCCACGGCGGCUUCCGCAAGGCCUUCAGGCAGGAGCAACCCCUGGUGAGGCUGAAAGGAGGAGCCAACACGGGGGAAGGCCGCGUGGAGGUGCUGAAGAACGGCGAGUGGGGCACGGUGUGCGACGACAACUGGAACCUGGUGUCGGCCAGCGUGGUGUGCCGGGAGCUGGGCUUUGGCAGCGCCAAGGAGGCCCUCACGGGGGCCAGGCUGGGCCAAGGAAUGGGUCCCAUCCACCUGAACGAGAUCGACUGCACGGGCUUCGAGAAGUCGGUCACGGACUGCAAGUUCAACACCGAGUCCCAGGGCUGCAACCACGAGGAGGACGCAGCCGUGAGGUGCAACGUGCCGGCCAUGGGCUUCCAGAACCAGCUUCGCCUGACGGGGGGCCGCAGCCCCUUCGAGGGCCGCGUGGAGGUGCUGGCCGAGCGCAACGGGACGCUGCGCUGGGGCACGGUGUGCAGCCACAACUGGGGCACGGUGGAGGCCAUGGUGGUGUGCCGGCAGCUGGGGCUGGGCUUCGCCAGCCACGCCUUCCAGGAAACGUGGUACUGGCACGGGGACGUCAGCGCCGAUGACGUGGUGAUGAGCGGGGUGAAGUGCUCGGGGACAGAGAUGUCCCUGUCCCACUGCCGCCACGACGGGGCCCACGUGUCCUGCCCCAGGGGAGGGGGACGCUUCGGGGCCGGCGUGUCCUGCUCGGAGACCGCCCCUGACCUGGUGCUGAACGCGGAGCUGGUGGAGCAGACGUCGUACCUGGAGGACAGGCCCAUGUUCCUGCUGCAGUGCGCCCUGGAGGAGAACUGCCUGGCCAGCUCUGCCCACAACACCUCGCUCACCUCGGGCUACCGGCGCCUGCUGCGCUUCUCCUCCCAGAUCCACAACAACGGCCAGUCCGACUUCCGCCCCAAGAACGGCCGCCACGCCUGGGUGUGGCACGACUGUCACCGGCACUACCACAGCAUGGAGGUGUUCACCCACUACGACCUCCUGAACCUCAACGGCACCAAGGUGGCCGAGGGGCACAAGGCCAGCUUCUGCCUGGAGGACACCGAGUGCGAGGCAGACAUCCAGAAGCAGUACGAGUGUGCCAAUUUUGGCGAGCAGGGGAUCACGGUUGGCUGCUGGGACGUUUAUCGGCACGACAUCGACUGCCAGUGGAUCGACAUCACCGACGUCCCCCCCGGGGAUUACCUCUUCCAGGUCGUGAUCAACCCCAACUACGAGGUGGCGGAGUCGGAUUAUUCCAACAACGUCAUGAAGUGCCGGAGCCGCUACGACGGGCAGCGCAUCUGGAUGUACAACUGCCACAUCGGCGGUUCCUUCAGCGAGGAGACGGAGCAGAAAUUCGACCACCUCAGGGGACUCACAAAUAACAACGUCUCCGCCCGGUAGAAAAUUCCCACUAAUUUAAGGCAGGACUCCUGCUCCGGCCCUUCCCGAACCACUGCACCCCCAGGAACUUGAGCCUCACUCCAGAACUCGGAAUUCCAGCCGGAUCAUUCCCGAGGAAAACCUCUCCCUCCUCACUUUAGGUGCUCAAGGUGCCCUCUGCAAUUCCAGCUCCGACUUUUCACCAUCCCAAAGAUUCCUCCUGCAUUUUUUUUUGCAGCACUCCUCGCCUCAGCUUGGGUGCCAGCCACCCGAAAAUGCCUUUAUCCUUCGAAAAUGCCUUUAUCCUUCAAAAAUGCCUUUAUCCUCCAUUUCCAAGGCGUUAUUUGGGAAUUUCUCAGCUCUUUUCCACUCUGUUUGCGCCGCCGCUUCCUGCGCGCCUCAGCACCGGCUCCGCUUUGGCAAGGAAAUACAAGGAAAAGGGAAAAAAAAGGAAAAACAAAGAAGGAAUAAUAAAAAAAAAGGAGCAGCUUUUUUUUUGUGAGCAGAACAGUGAAAAGCUGAAAUUUAAUACUGCAGCGAAACCUCGGAUCCAACAACCGCCAACGCUCCGGAGGGGAGCAAAGGCAGAAUUUCACAUGGAAUUUCACAUGGAAUUUCACAUGGAAUUUCAUUUCAUAUUUCAUUUCAUAUUUCAUUUCAUAUUUCAUAUUUCAUUUCAUUUCACACAGAAUCAAAGCUCCCCCAGCACCCAGAACUCGGCAGAUUCCCGGGAGUGAUGUCUCUGGGCUGGGAAUUCCCAUCCCACGGGGAUUUUCCACCCUUCAAAGUCACCUCCUGUCUGGAAAUUCCAUUUUUUUUUUGUUUUAAGGGAUAAAUUUCACCAGGGUGUUCCAUCCUGGUGCAGAGGGAAUUAAUUCCUGGCUCUCAUCCCCCCGGGAUCUGCUCCUGUGGGAAUUCCCAGCGUUCCUCUGUUUGUUUGAGGACGCGUUUUGCUACAGAGAUCAAAUAAAAACCUUUUUCCCCGGGAAAAAAAACAACACAAAAAUCACUUUACAAGCCCUUGGUGUAUUUCUCCUCACAAUUCCUGGAAUUUUGGGGGGUUUUCCUCCUUUUCUACAACCGAAGUUACCUGAAAUUCCAGCUGGCUCCAAACUUCCCCAAAUCCCCACCUCACAGGGAUGUUGUGAGGCUUGAAAAUGCAGGAAAUAUUCGGAAUAUUUGUCAUUUCUCCAGAGAGCUGCCGAAGGGUUUGGACCUCCUGGCAAUUGGAAAAUUCCAUUUUUGCCUCACAAUUCCAGACCUGGAGACCUGAAGCUCAUUUUAAACCCAGCUCUGGGCACAUCAGCACAGCCAAAUCCUGGAGGUUUUUCCCCCUUUAAUGAGCAGAUCCCAACUUUCCUCACCAAAAGGGAAAUUCAGGCCCUUGAAACUCUGUAAAUAAUGAAAAUAUUCCCUCAAACUUGCAUCCAGUGCCUGUGAAUUUUCUGGGAUACCUGAACAGCAACAUCACAACAAACGUGGAACAGAUUUUCCAACUCCUGCCCUUGCUUAGAGUUGAAUUCUGGCCAAAAAAAAUCCGAUUUUCUUACUCUUAAUGCCUAUUUUUUCUUUUUUUUUUUUUGGGAAAACAAUGCAGGAAUAAGGAACAAAAAAACCACCUUAUCCCUGCAGGCGCCCAAACACCCAACCAAGAAAUUCCAGCACCUCCCAGGACUCCAGAAAAACCUGAACAAGAAACUUUUCCCAUUCCCAACUUUUUUUUCCAAGCUGGUGCUGACCCACCCAGGAACUGCCUGCUCUGCAUGCAUUUCACAGCACAGCCACGCUCGUCUUUACAGCUGUUUUUUGGGGUGUUUUUAGGGGUUUUUGGGGUUAUUCCUCCUGAUUUAAGGAUUCUGGUGGGAAUUCUUGGGUGCCUGCUGCCUCCUGCUGCCUGUGCCUCCAGCCCAGGGCGUGGGACACGAAUCUCCUGGCCACGGCUGUGUCCGUCUGCGGCCUCUCUUUUCCCAGCUGAAGCAGUUCUGGGGGAAAAAAAAGGAAAUUUUAUCCAGCUGGGGCUUGGUCAGGGAGAAAUUCGUGGUUAAAUCGCAAAAAUCAGCUUUUUUUCCCCGCUGUUUAAUUCGUUUAUUCCUUGUGUCUCUGAAUAAAUUGGGGUUUUUAUCUCAGGGAGGUGGAAUUUUGCAGUGGGGUUUGGUCAUCAUAAAGGUUCAGGGAAAUUGUUCCCCCUCCUCUUCCAGGAAUUGUUCCUGGGAGAAUUCCCAACAUCCCUGUGAAAAACCCAUUCCCAAAAUCCCAUCCCUGUGAAAAAAUCCAGGCAAUUUAUCCAUGAAAAUUUAUCUAUUAAAAUUUAUCCAAUAAAAUUUAUCCCUGAAAAUUUAUCCAUUAAAAUUUAUCUCUUAAAGUUUAUCCAAUAAAAUUUAUCCCUGAAAAUUUAUCCAUUAAAAUUCAUCCAUAUAAAAUUUAUCCAUGAAAAUUUAUCCAUAUAAAAUUUAUUAAAAUUUAUCCAUUAAAGUUUAUCAAUUAAAAUUUAUCCAAUAAAAUUUAUCCCUGAAAAUUUAUCCAUUAAAAUUCAUCCAUAUAAAAUUUAUCCAUUAAAAUUUAUCCAUAUAAAAUUUAUUAAAAUUUAUCCAUUAAAGUAUAUAAAUUAAAAUUUAUCCAUGAAAAUUUAUCAAUUAAAAUGUAUCCAUGAAAAUUUAUCCAUAUAAAAUUUAUCCAUGAAAACUUAUUCAUGAAAAUUUAUCCAUAUAAAAUUUAUCCAUAUAAACCUUGAUCCCAAUUGAAAACUCCUCCUCCAAACCAGCUGCUGAAAUCCUUGGAAAACAGCAAGAAAAAAAAAAAUCUGCAUUUUAAAUUCAAUCUGAAUAUUUCAGGUGUUUUUUGGGAUUGUUGCAAUUCCAUCUGCAAGGAAUAAAUCCACCAAAAUUUCACCAAGUCCACAAUAAUUUGGAUUUGGGGAUAAAUUAAUUAAUCCUUUCUCAAUUUGCUGCUGUUAUCUACACAGCAAGGGGGGGCUUUGCUUGUUUUUCCAGAAUUUUCAUUCAUUAAAAUAAAAUAAAAUUUAGAAAGGGACACUGUCAGCUAAUUAAAAUCCAGAUUCCUAUUUGGAAAAUAAUCAAUUGAAACUGGAUACCAACAGAAUUCAUGUUAAAUUGUUAUAUUUAAUGAUUUUAAUUUAAUUCUGGUUCAGAAGAGUGAAUAAAUGAGCAAAGAGGUGAAGGGGAGGUGCAAAUAAAGCAAAUUUUGGGGUGUUUAGUUUAAAUCCAGCAGUUUAAUCCAUCAUUUAAUUCCAGCAUUUUUCAGUGCUGAAAACGCUGGAAUUUGUCCCUUUAAAGGAUGAAAAUUGGAAUUUAUUCCGACUUCAGGGAGCUGGAAAAUCCAGGAAUUGUUGGUUCAGAGUCUCUGCUGCUGCUGAGGUUCGUGGCUUUGCUUUCCUGUGGCAACUGGACCUGAUCAAUCUUGAUUGAAAUUCAAUCAAUCGAUCGAUAAUCAAUCAAUCAAUCAAUCAAUGGUAAUCAAUGGACCGAUGUUCACGGCUCAGCUUCACCAUUUCUCCUUCCUGAAUAAAAUUGUGCCAACCACGA